AUGUAUUCGUUUCAAAGCCCGCAAGAACAAGCCAAGCAUACGCUACGGACUUAUCACUUCUCUCCUGAAAAUUCUAGUUACUCCCUCCAAACCACAGAGCUGCCCAUCCCUCCCACCUCUGUUCUCAUCAAAACAACCCACUCCGGGAUAUGCCAUACAGACAUACACGCCAAACCCUCGGGCUGUGGUCUCGGUCAUGAAGGAAUAGGACACAUUGCCGCCCUAGGCUCUUCGAUCGUCAGCUUCCAGGUUGGAGACCGCGUAGGCUGGGGAUGGUUACACACAUCCUGUAAACAAUGCAAGACUUGCAAGUCCGGAUACCCACAAUACUGCCACCAAGCACGUGGCUUCGCCUUCACAGACACAGACCAAGGAUCCAUGUCCACAGCCCGAAUCAUCGACGUGGACCUCAUCGUUCGCAUUCCAGAUGAAAUUCCAUCACUUUACGCAGCACCUUUAAUGUGCGCUGGUGCCUCUACAUUUGAAGCCCUAUACGCAGCAGGCGUCAGCGCAGACUCUCACGUCGGAGUUGUUGGAGUCGGAGGAUUGGGCCAUAUGGCAACACUUUUCGCUAAAGCUAUGGGAUGCGAAGUCACUGCCAUUUCGCGGACUGAGGGGAAGAGGGAGGACGCAAGAGCUUUGGGCGCUGAUCACUUCAUUCUGUCCUCGCCCAACAUGAAGAUGGGAGACAAGGGAGAAGGGAUCGAUGUCCUACUCAUUACCUCCGCUGCUGUUCCAGAUUUCAAAAGCUUCCUGCCAUUGCUGGCGCGGAGGGCUACAAUUGUACUGAUGACGAUUCAAGGAGACAGCAUUGAAGUCCCCUACAUGGAUUUUGUACUGCCGGGACAUCGAAUGGUUGCCAGCACGGAAUGUGGGAGGGAGAACUGGAAGCGAAUGCUGGAGUUUGUGGCGGAGAAGGGGAUAGUACCAUGGGUCGAAGAAUUCGAGAUUUCUGACAAAGGAAUUGAGACAGCAUUUGAAAGAUUGGAGGGCGGUAAGAUGAGAUAUCGAGGAGUGCUGAGUUGGAGAGAAUAA